AUGGAUGCUACAGAUUGCGAGGUCAUGCAAGUUGAAGGACUUGCAUACAAGCGUAUCAUUACUUCAACAAAAUAUGGAAAGGUAUUCCUUGUCGAAUGGCUUAAGUACAAUCAGAUGUUUUCUCUUCAAAAGAUCGAACGUUCACAUUACGAACAAAAUGCUAUUAAUAUCAUUCGUAACUUAUAUCACUUCAAUGUUAUUAAAGUCUACAAGACUUACAUGCGCGAAAAAUUUGUUUAUUUAUUAAUGGAUUACUGUCCAUUUGAUGUUAAGCGCUAUAUUGAGGAAAGAGGAAUUCUCUCAGAAUCACGCUUUGCUGAAGCUGCUUAUUACAUGAUUCAAAGCAUUCGUUCAAUGCACUCAAAAAGAAUUUGUCAUAACAGCAUCAGACCAUCAAAGUUCCUUGUUGAUAAAUAUGGCAGAGUACAGAUUAGCAAAUUCAAUCAUGCUGUCCAAUACAAGAAUACAGAAGAAAAAGAAUUUAAGCACGCGAAAUCUGUUGAUGUUUGGGGUCUUGGUGUUACAUUCUACUUUAUGCUUACUGGUCGCCUUAUUACAGAUCUCUAUUUUGAUGAAGAGAUUGCAAUGACAAAAGUUUUUUCUCAUAUUAUCUUCCCAUCAAAUGUUUCCAAUGAAUGCAUUCAUCUCAUCACAGCAUGCUUAAAUAAUAACGAAAAGUCAAGAGCAUCUUUAGAUAAUCUUCUUGAAAGUCCUCUUUUCCAACCAUUCCGCCCAACUAAGAUUGGACCAACAAAACAGCCAUCAUUUUCAGCUAAUAACUCAAUGCGCUCGAUUCCAAUCAUUGUUAAGCCAGUUCUCACAAGGCUUGUUUCAGUUGCGAAUUGA